AUACUGCCACCAUGAGUACAAUCUUCACCAACGGCCGCCUCUUCGCGCCUACCGACAACAAUGAAGAUAACUUCCUCGAGGCGAUGGUGGUUACAGACAAUCACAUCCAACAUGUCGGCAAACACGAUGAUGCAGAAAUCAUUCAAGCACGCACUGAAGGAGCAACAGAAGUCGACCUCCAAAACCACAUCGUCGUCCCAGGCUUCAUAGACAGCCACGUGCACAUUCUGGAUUUCGCCCUCUCGCUACGCAAACUGCAUCUCCUAUCCUGCAAAUCUCUCCAUGAGAUCAGACAGAAGAUCAAGAUUCACGCAGAAAUCCAUCCUGGAUAUCCACGGAUUACAUGCAAAGGCUGGAUCCAGUCGUCAACGGAUGGACUAGCGCUGGCUAGCAUGUUGGAUGAUCUUGACCCGCGCCCGAUAUACAUCCAGGCUAACGAUCUGCACUCCGUAUGGUGCAAUACGGCUGCUCUGGAAGAACUGGGCGUAGACGCCAUGUCUGACCCAGCGGGUGGGACGAUCCAUCGCGACGAAAAUGGUAAACCAUCCGGCCUGUUGACCGAAACUGCUGCACUGAUGAUUGUAAUGCCGUUUUUGAUACAAGUCACGUCCAUCGAGGAUAAAUUGUCUGCGUUGGACUACGGAGCUGCUGCGUAUAGUGCGGCUGGGUAUACGGGGAUGAUUGAUAUGGCUGUGGACGAGAGUCUGUGGAAGGUGUUUAAUCUGUAUCGAGAACGUCAUCAGGGGAAGACCCCGUUUCAUCUUGCGAUGCAUUGGCUAGUUCCGUUUUCAGAGGAUCAGGAGGAAGUGUUUAAGCAUGUGGACAGGGCGAUUUCUCUGCAUCAGGAAUUCAACGCAGCGACAUCGCCCGCCUUCUGCAUCGCAGGCAUCAAACUCAUGACCGAUGGCGUAGUGGAUGGGUGCACUGCAGCACUGAGCCAGCCCUACGGUGGCUCUCCCAGCCUCAUCGACCCAACCUGGCCCGCAGAAGCACUACAAGCCGUCGUCAAGAAAGCAGACAGUGCCGGUCUCCAAUGCGCCAUCCACGCAAUCGGCGAUCAAGCAGUCAAACAAGCCAUCGACGCUCUCUCCCAAGUCCAACCUGGCCAACGCCACCGCAUCGAGCAUCUCGAGCUCACCUCCCCCGAAGACGCAAAACGCCUAGGCCAACACGGCAUCACAGCCUCUGUCCAACCAGUCCACUCCGACCCCGUCCUCUUCCGCGCCUGGCCACACCUCAUCGGAUCGCACCGUUGCGGACGCGCAUUCGCAUACAAGGAAUUCCUCGACGGAGGUGCCCCAGUGGCAAUCGGCACAGACGCACCAACAGCUGACCACUUUGCCCUGCCGAAUCUGUACAACGCGACGACACGACGAUCGGUGAUCGAGCCGGAAUCGACAGAAGUGGUGAAUGAGCACUUUGGUCUGUCGAUGGCGGCGGCGUUCACUGCGGCCACGAAGACGGCUGCGUUUUCGCGGUUCGCGGAAUCGUGGACGGGGAGUUUGGCAGCUGGUCUGAGUGCGGAUUUUGUGGUUUUGGAGAUGGAUUGGAAGCCGGAGAGGUUGUUGCAGGCGAGAGUGCAGCAGACGUGGUUUCAGGGGAGGAAGACGUUUGAUGCUUGUAUGUAGAUUCGUCAGAAUGAUAUGAAAUAUAGACGAAAGAUAUUACUGGGGACUAUAUUAUCAAGAUACAAGCAAUGAAUGCGGGGAA